AUGCCUUCUGCCACUAUGAACGAAGCCGAUGCAAAGUUUCCUACAGCCUCGGACAACGGCAUUCCUCCUUCUCCUACCAGAGAGAAUCCUGCAGGGGUGUACCCCAAAUCUGACCCCAACCCCGAGCAGAAACUAGGACCUAGUGGGCCAGCCUUUGACGCACAACAACAUCAGGCACAUCUACGAGAGCAUAUGGACGCAGAGACGCGCGCGGGAGAUGCUCUCACUACUCGGGAAGGAGGACUAUAUUCAGACUAA